GAGGAACUGGUACUUCAACUAUUGAGUAUUAUUCAAACCGAAAAUACUGCAAAUCUGUUAGAAAAUUAUCAUGGAAAUUGGCAGAAGUAUUGGAAAAGUAUCAAAAAUCUAGAUUUACUGUACUACAACUACGAUAAAUCAAAUAAUAAGAAACAUUAACUGAUAGGCAAAGCAUUUGUAUGGCCACAUUUCACCAGCACAGAUGGGGAUCUUAACAAACUACGACGUAACAUAUCAAUAACCACAUCUUUAGAUAUCAUUGUUGCUGUUAUUAACACAUUUUCAGAAGUCCAGGCAUCCAACGAUCGUCCAUUUGAAUUUUAUAAUAUUUAUUUUGAGGAACCUGUGAUACUCCUGAGAUGUCCAUGUGUUGUUGUUUAGUAGAUGUGACUUACACUUAACAGAAUAUAUCCAUCUUUAAGAAGAUAGUUCUACUUCUAGUUCAAAUUGGCCAGAAUAAAAAAAUUUGAAUAUAG